UCCAACAAUUUUAAAUCCAAUUGAGAAGCAUUGCCCAUCCAACCUCACCGUCACACCGCAAUUCCAAACCGAAUUUUCCGCAAUUAGAAUACCGCGAGAAAUCAGAAUAAGUCACGUUUAUCAAAAGUUGUGUUUCUUCCUUGCACAUUUUGCCUCCACAUUCUGCAUUCUGCACAAGUUGUCAACCGAAAAGCAUGUGCUAAAAAUUAGACUGUUUGGCUCCCGGGCUGUUUUCUACGAUCGCUGAUAGUCUGAUAGUGCUGAUAUUACGCUCGGUAACAACGUGUGAAUAGCCUCAACGCAUUUCUAUCCGUUCGCGCUCGCAGUUCCUAAUCACAUCGAGAUCAUUCUCUGCUCGAGCGGCAAGCGAAUUUCAUUUUAAAUAAGUGAGGUUAACAUUAAUACACAAUCUAUGAUUCAGUUAGUGCUUGAAAAUGGAUGAGAUGAAAGAUAGAAUUCCAGACUAUCCAUUUGAAGUGGGGUCUUCUAUGGAAAGUCUCAAGGAGAAGCUGGAACAGUUUAUCAGUUCAAAUUCAUUUUCAGAGAAGCAGAAAAUUCUUAAUGAAUUAGCUGAGCGCUUAAAAACCCCUGAAGAGGUAGAAUGUGUGGUGAUGAUGAUAUGCCACAUAUACCUGUGGACAACAUCGAAACAUCCAAUAAAGAAGACAUGUGCUCGAAUACUGUCAUCCCUGGAUCCUGAGUUGGUAAAAGAUAAGUUGUCAAUUCAGAUAAAGCAUUUUAUCGCCAAGCUGGACAGGCUUGAGGAGGACGUUGAUGAAGAUGACAAUGACAUGUUGGAUUUUGAGACUGAGAAGCGCAGGAAUACUUUUCUUAUUAUUCUACAAGGUUUAUUCGGCACUUUUCCGCCUGGCGUUGAGGCUCUCAAUAAAAUCAUCGACAUCGUCUUUUUAUUCGCGUAUGACGUGUUUUUAAGCAUUUUUUCUUUUUUUGAAUCGGGAACAGUUCCGCUGGAACUUGCGCAGCAGCUGAUGUACAGCACGGUUAAAUUUCUCGAUACUCUGCUGCACAAUUGUGAUACUAGUAUUCAUCUUUCGAAGGAAAGUCAGACGCUGCUGGUGAAGUGCUACAAGGCGAUUCGUAAUGAGAAACUCGCGUUCAACACGAAGGCACAUUGCGGCGCGUUAUUAGUGAUGGCUGUUGUUCAAUUCCCUGAUAAUAUAGAACAAGAAGAACUGAAUAAUUUAGCGUCUUCCUUAAAUAUUCCGUCCAUCAAACCGGAGGAUAAUCUACUGACAGUGAUGCUGCAGUCAUGCGAAGAUUGUUACACCACGCGUAUCUGCAUCUUUUCUGGAAUUGUGCAUACUUGUCCUUUGCACGUAAUGUCAAAAUAUAUGGUGGAUGAAACGCCGGUGGCGAUCUAUAUCUUCAAAAAAAUGUUGGAAAUCGCCAUGGUACGAACCAGCAUCGCACCAGAAAUACUUGAAAUCAGUCGCACGCUAAUUUCGCUCUCGCCGCUCAUCUCUAAAAUAAAGAUUGAACAUCUCACUGAUAUAAUUCAAGGCUGCUGGGACUACAUUUCUGUGCACUGGGAUCACUUUGUCGACGCUGUUCGCAGUGAUGCACAAAAACUUCUUAAGACUGUUAUUACCCUCACGCUGGAUUCAAACGACAGCGAUAAUAUCGCGCAUUCGGUAGAAGCCCAGCCUGCUGCAUUCAAUGAAUACCAACAGAUGUUUGCUAGUGCUAUUUCGGAGAUCAUCCAUGGGCAGAAUCCUAACUACAAAGCAUUGCCGCAUAUAGCUUCAACGAUUAAGGUACAAAUUCUUAUGAAAUCUUUUCCGAACCUACCGCAGAGUUUGUUGAAUGCGUUGGAUAAUCCCAGUGUUGCCCAAGAUGUCUGUGUAGCGUAUGAGAGAUUAAUGGAACAACACAAAAAAGAAAUGGGAGAGUCGUGGAUCCACGUUUGGGUGGAACCACUAUUGCCUUUCAAGCAUCCGGAAGCUGUUCUUGUAUAUAUUUUAAAGAUUUUUAACAGUGCUUUCAAGUUGAAUCCGUCGGUGUUGUUACUAAUGGAUCGUGAAACGUUUACCGAUGCCGAAUACCGCGCUGUGUUGAGUUGUAUUAUCAAAGCAAGGAAAACUAAUGUCAAACUGGAGAAUAUUUUAAAUGUGCUGACUAGCAAAUCAUGCAAUGGGGCAAACAUUUUGAGUAAAAAACACAUUCAGAUGUUGACCUGUCAUCAAUCGGCUGAGAUUCGAAUAUUAGUUUUAACUUUACUAGUUGAAUGCCAAAAGUCAACGGAAAUGUUCCUUCCUGAAGACUUCAAAUUAUUGAUGAUAUUCUUCCGUUUCCAUGCAUCGUCAUCCCUACCGAAUUUUCGACAAAACAUGCUUGCUCUAUAUAAAAAAGCGUUCAAUCGAUUUAAGGACUCCUUCUAUGUAAUUCAAAGAUCAAUUCGCAAUGAAGAAGCACGUGGUGAGAACGCGGACGCUGAUAAGUUAACGCCACUCAAGGAAAACGAAAAUCAGUACAAAGAUUUUAUCGUUACAUUUUUUCAUCAGCAACUCAUACGAGGAUUGUUUAAUCAAGUUGAUUUCGGAAAGCGGGCGAUGUGCUUGGAGCUCCUGCUACAUCUGAAAACUUGUCUGAGUGAGGAACUAUACAAAGCUCAAUGGUAUCCAGAUUAUAUGUACAUGUUAUUUGCCGCGUUCAAUGACACCUACGAAUCGAACUUGGUAAUGUUGAAGAAUCUACUUUUGGGAUUGCCUCCAGAAAUUGUUUUUCGGAAAGAUUUGGAACCAGUUUUUAUCAAACCAUUCACCCAAGUUGGCUUCGAUGUCAAAUCCAACGUGACGACGUCAGCAACAUACGCCAUCUUAGUUCAUAUUCGAUCACCAAACGCGUUAGAAAUAAUCAAAAAGGCGUAUAACAUUGAGGGGGAAGAAACAGAUGAGUGUCCGGCCUUAUUGGUAUAUCGGCAACUAUCGAAACAGAUUAGCAAUGAGCUUCGUACUGUCAGGAAGGAUGUAAAUAUGGCCGCUAAGUACGCACCAGUAUACGGAAUUUUGUUUGUCAUGCGACACCUAAUCCGCGAGGAAGAACUUGACACACAGCACCCCGAGAUCCUUCCGAAGUUGGUCACUCAGUGCUUGACCAUUGUGGAAAUGGCUCUACCGGUAGUUAACUCUGCAGCGCCAGAGGGUUACAAUCCGAGCAAUGAGGACUAUGAACGUGCGGAUGUAACACCGCAACUUGUGCUUCACUACGCGUGGAGAACCAUCAAGGAGGUCUCUCUGUUGUUUGGCGAGCUGCGCAUCAAUAGUCCAAAUAUUAAAGAUAUACUAGUUAAAGAAAAUAUUCUAUUGAAAAUGACAAAGUAUUUUAUGAAUUUAUUCGAGUUUGCCAAGCAUCGAGGGGCGUACGAACAAGGUUAUGUAGGUUUCUCUAAAUUCACCGAAAAACUGUGGAAUUCGAAAUGUCGAUGGUGUGAAUUCCCAGAACGAUGGCUAGAGAAAGCAAUGGAAUUGAUUACAUCAAAUAGUUCAAAAUUAUGCGCAACUAGACGCAGCGCUGGUUUCCCCUUUUUGAUUCAAAGCAUUCUUGUGACUGAACCAAAACGUAGGGCGAACGAAAGUUUCCACUACUGUAUGCAAUAUCUCCUUAAAGUGGCUGAAAAUUACGCAGAGGAUAAUCAAACUUCAUCGCUUCAUAGUAUGAAUAUUCUGCGGGCGCUGUAUAGACAUAAUCAAUUGGAGGUGGUCGCGUCGUAUGUGAGCAAAGGUGUAAUGAUUUCUAUCACACGAUUUAGUCAUUCGGAAUGGGCGAUACGAAAUUCAGCGACACUGAUGUUUGGCGCACUAAUAAUGCGCAUAUUUGGCGUGCAGCGUCUUAAGGAUUAUGAGGACGUCAGUAUCAAGAAUCGCCUGCCGUUUAAAGUCUUCAAGUCGCGUUAUCCGGACUUGUACAAGUUUCUUUUUGAGAAGUUGGAGGAGUACGUGGCGGAUGGAAAAGAGAAUGUUUCAAUGUAUCCUGUCCUUGUGAUUUUAGGUAGACUUUAUUUAACUUUUGAUAGUAAACAGGACGAUAAGUUAGCACAACAUUUAGAAACAUUGAUCAAAGCCACUACACGAACAAUUUAUAAAAUCCGCGAGUUGGCUGUUUCAGCAACUGUAACAUUUGAGUCAUUCUUGAAUCGAAAUAUUCGCGCGGAUAAAACUACGAAUAAUGAAAUCCACGCCUACCUCUUGCGCCUGAAAUACCACGUCAGGACACCGAAUAUUUUCGUUAACAAACUCAGCCUCAGUUACUUUAAACCGCUGUUGAUAUUGAUUAGCGAUGCUGGACGAGGCAUAUCACAAACUUGUAGCACGACGCUGAUGGAUAUUCUCAUAGAAUUCCUUAAAACCUAUGAAUAUAAGGAUGAAGAUCUCGAAACGUACAAAGAACUUCUCGGGCAUUUACACUAUAAGGUUGAAACUACGAUUUCGACGUGUUGCCGAUUUCAACAGACGAAGUUCACGCUUUAUUUACAUGUGAUAAUGAAAAUUCCACAAGGUCAAUGGUACUCGCGGACUUUCAUCGCGAAAGCACUACUGCAAGCGCUAUCAAGUCGAAAUGAAGAUUUGAACAUCUUCGCGUUAAACUGUAUUCGCUACAUCAGCACCGAUAAGAUCCAGGAGCCCGAAUCAAAAGAGUUGGAGUAUGAGUUUGUUAAAUCGUUAUCGCCGCAGACGAAGAGUUUAUUAAAUUGUAUCAUCAGAGUGCAUCUGAUUAAACGACGCACGUUUAUGGAUUUGUUUGAUAUUUUACGAAGCAGAAGUCGGCUGUAUGGACUAAAGGUGUGCCAAGUGUUGUAUAAUUAUCCGUCGAUUGUUUGUACUAUAAGACCACUAGCGGUGCCUGUGCGAUUGAGCCAUCAGAUUAUCUUGGAUUAUUUGGAUCGGCAGGCGACAUGUAUUAAUUCGGAAAUGUUUGUGGCUAUUAUGGGGUUGAUUAGCAAAUUUGUUGCUGGUAGUAAUGAGAUACUGGAUCUGGGGGAUUUGAUUGAACAUAUGAUCGAGUAUGGAGGUGAUGAUAGCACUAUGGAGGAGCGACUGGCUAUUGCCAACUUUUUACUUAACAAUACCAACCUGUUGGUGAAUACCGACGGCCUGCCAGAAGACCUACGAUUGAAACUAUGGCAGCUCUAUCUCGAUUUGAUCCAGGAUGACGAAUUUGUCGUUCGGGAUUUCUGCACUCAGAUUACGCACCGAGUCCUCAGUGCGGUCAACAGUAAAGAAGUAAAUGAGUGCUAUAAGAAAAAAUUUCCUGUUACGCCCGAACGUCUCCACGUGGAUAUGCUAGCAAAGUUGCCCUAUUUUCUGGGUAUUAACGAAGCGUUGAAAGUCUACGUGUCUUUAUGCCUGCAAUUUGAUGAAGCUUAUGAGUAUACCGAUGAGAAGACAAUCUACGAUAAGCAGCGCCCUCACAACUUCAAAGAAUCGCGGCAGUUUGCGCCGCUUGCUAAGAAUUAUUUAACGGCGUAUCUUUGGAAACUGGAGGAGGGUCUGAGUUACGAGGACAAGUCGAUUUUCAUCGAGGAACAUUUUCUGUUGGUGGUCACGCGCCUCGUGAACUUUAUCAUCAACCAGGAUGACACGGAGGAUCGUUCCUUGUGUGUAGCGGUGCUCACUCGGUUCGCGCGGUACCUGGAACGUGUGAAGGUAGGAACCGUAACUGCCGAACAGAUUCUAGACAAUUUCGUGAUUGCGUUCAAAGCAGCCGAAGCUGGGGAGCGUGAGUUAAACAAAACUAUGUGUGCAUGUGUCACCGAGGUGAGUCAAUUCCUUUCGUUCGUGUUGUUCUCGCGACAUGUUAAUCCAAUCCGCAGGGAUCUGGACGAAUGCAAGUGUGAUAAUUUGUAAAGUUUACCGGUGCAAAAUUUCUAUUCGUUAAAAAAUGUUAACAGUUUUUUGCAAACGCAUUAUUGAGAAACAAUAAACUUUUUAUAUGUUUCAA